GCCCAUGAUGGCCAUUUUCGGCUAGAAGUCGUUUUCUUAUUAUUGCCGUUAAAACUUUUCGCUUAUUGACAGCCAACUAAAAAAUGUUGCGCCGACUUGGAGAUUUAAUAUCAUCGAGAGAUGAUAGGCCAACGGGCAGAACAUCACUGCAUAGAGAGCCUUCAGAUUGGACCGUAGCGGAGAAGUCGGAAUCCUAUAUGCGUAAAAUGCAUCUGGAGCAUCUACUUGAUGAGUACUACAAGGGUCAUGUUGAAAUUCAAAAAGAAGCUCGAGAGCAUCUAUCGCGUUAUAAUGCCAUUCCCGAAAAGAUUCUCAUUGACCUGUCGCUGAAGACAAUCACAGGUGAAGAGAAAAAUGUAUACUUAUUUGUGAAACUGCUCAUGGAAGAGCGAGACGACUUAGAAAAGAGAGCAGCUGCUUAUUUAAGAUUAGAUGUACUGACGAAAAUGAAGAAAGAAAUGCAAAUGUACAAUGUUGUUAUAGCGACGAUAGAAAAAUUUCAAAAAUAUCAUAAUAUUAGCGAAAAAUUUAUUUUUGGAAAUAUGUUUGCAACGUGUAUUGGACUCAGAAUGACGAUGCCGCCGCCGCCGACGACUCCUCCACAUCUACCAGACUGUUUCAGUGCUAUAAUUCUUGACCGCACGGGAUUCCGAAACCCUGCGCCCCUAGCUAAUGGACAGAGAGGCUAUGAUCGUGUUACUACCACAAUGAUUCUACGACAAAUGGCUCGUUUUCACGCGUGUCCAAUAGCUAUGCGCUUAAAAAAAGGAAUUACAUUUCGAAGAACUAUUCUUCCAAUUCUAUAUUUGAAUGUGAAGGACUAUCAGCCAGUGCCAUCAGAUGAAGAACUAUUGCAAGAACUAAUAAGCGAUAGACUUAAAAAUAAGAAUUUGCGACGUCCUCAUUUAGAAAACAUAAAAAAUUCGCAACAGCUUUCUAGAUUAUUUGAUUGGAUCUACCAUGAUGGGAUAGAUGAAACUUGGUAUACCAUUUGCCAUACCAAAUACGGUAUUCCUAAUAUAUUGAUAACCAGAGGUGAUAGAGAAGCACCUGGGUCAAGCAGACUGCUCGAAAUGUGGAAAUUCACUUACAAUAGCUGCUGUACAGAUUUGGCAUAUUUCAUCUAUACAAGCGUAAACACUGAUACCUUAGGAAAGUACCUGGAAGAAAUGCUGCAAGAAUAUUUUAAUGAAUUUAAGAUGACUUUAGAUAAGCAUCAAAUAUCUUCCAAAUUUUCAAGUACUUAUUCCUACAAACGCUUUAAAUUAGAAUUUAAAGCGGUAGAAAAAAGAAUAUUCACUAAAAUUGUGGACGCCAUAAACGAUUGUUUCAAGAAAGAACGUUCGUACAAAGGUUAUAAACCGGGUAAUGAACAAAUUUUAGAGCAGGAUUAUAAUGACAGAAUAACAUAUGUACUCACAGCAUAUUCUCGUUAGAAAGCAUUACAACUUGCGUUUCCCAACAUUCUUCGCAAUCUCUUGAUCUAGAAAAUUAUUAUGCCAUUAUUCAAUCAUUUAGCUAUUUUGUAGGUAUUUUUUUUAUUCAUUAAAAAACGCAGUUUUCAUUCAAAAAUGAGAAACGGUUUUGGAAAGAUUAUCAAAUUUAGUACUACAAUACUAAUACACUUCAAUACGUGAUUCAAUAAAUCCACUGUAAACUGAGCGCGUUUCUAUGUGUACGUAUAAUUAUAUCAAAGAGUAAUUUUUAUAAACAAAAUCAACAUUUUUGAGACGUGAAUACGCAUACUUUAUACUAUACUUGUGUAUAAAGAAAAUAUCUUAUUAAUUAGCAUAUAAAGUUGAUGCUUUAUCCUUGUAAUUAUGUUUUUUGUUAUAUUGCCUUCAUUACUGCUUCGAAUAAUUUUCUCGUCACCAGAUUGUCAAAUGCAAAAUAAAUUUUAUUUUAUUUUUUCAUUUUAUGUAUCUAGUAACUUAUUUCGCAAAUUGAAAUAAAACAUAUUACUUUGUACAUAUUAUAGGUAGUUUAAAUUGUUCACCACAUUUAAAAAGUUAAAAAGCCACUUAAAAGUUGAAUACUCGAAUUACCAAAAAGUAAUACGUGUAUUAAAUUUUACGGUAGUGAGGUUGCUGUAAAAAUAAUACAAUGCUUCUAAUACUUGUAUUAUUUGUUCUAUUUCUUUUGUGUAUGUAUCGCUUUCAUGUUUGAUUUUUUCCAAGUUAUUGGAAUUAAUAUUUCAUGUUAUAUAAAUCAUAAGUUAGUAUAAUGUAGUAAAAUGAAAUAAGAAGAACUAUCAACAUAAGUCUUUUAUCGGUUGCAAAGCUCUAAGAGCCUCAGAUAUAGAAAAUAUUAUCAAGUGCAAUGAAUUUGACAUGAAACGUGACCUUAUAGUUUCUUAUUAAUUUAAUUCUAAUAUACAUUUUAUAUCGGCAA